ACGGAAUUGAAAAUACGAGAACCGCUCCACAGCUGUUUGAUAUUUUGAUCAUCUGUUUGUACCUUUCUCUCUUUUGUUGUUGUUUCAUUUCAUUUAUAACCAAAAUUUGAUCAUCCUUUGUUUGAAAAAGACUCUCUUCAAAACAGAGCUGCGCUUGCCGCUCCGAUGAGCGAGUUUCGUUGAACAAAAAAUAGUGAUCAAUAUUUCUGUCAACUGUUUAUCGUACUAUCUUGAUCUCGGCAGUGUCUUCAAAAAGAACUCAGGGUGUCGUUGAAUCCGGCUACUUAUGCUCACCGGUACACCUAUUUAAGACAAACGGCUCUGUAGAAACGACUUUCAAAACUCGUCAAAAAUGUUUUUGUCGUGCAAAUGUCUGAACAUCCAAAUUGAAAUCAAAGAUGAACCUAUCAAAUUUGAUAAACGUUUGUUGGGUGGUGGUUUCUUUUCAAAGGAGUUGCUGUGUAGCGAAUUGAUUGCUGUCACUAAGCGCCAGGACUGUUUGAUUCUCGAAGAAAGAGCUUCUGGGUGGUCUAUAUUCAAAUGUCUCAACUGUGAUAUAAUGUGUUAUGCUGUAUCUUCGGAUAAAAACAUACCAACAGUUUUAAUUAGUCCCGAUUUAUUGACUGAUCCAAAACAAAUACAAGAGCUWAAAAAUUCUGAGUGCUUUUCAACAAUUUAUGAAAUUGUUAUUAAUUGGACUGAUUCCAAUCAAUUAUAUUCUCCACGUCUAUCAGGAAUGGUGCCCCCAAAAGUCAAAGCACUGCAACGACAAAUGAGUGAAGUAGUUGAAAAAGAAACAAAAGCUGUAGAAGAUAAAAUAAGAAAAUUCACAGAAAAUCAAUAUUCAACUUUGGAAGAAUUCAGAACUAAAGCUCAAAAUGAUUAUCAGACUUUAGCUAGAAUAUUAUCUGAAAAAGAYAAAAAGCCUAAAUUUGAGAAUUUACCUGCUCGAACAAGUACUAACAAAAUGUCAUCUCCUAUACAACAGUUACCAAAACCAACAAUUACUACGCUCAAGAAUAAUCCAACAAUGAAUUUAAUGGAUUUUACAUUCAAGCCUUAUACCAAGGGUAAUGAAAAUAGUGUAUCAUCAAAAACUAGUCUAGUUAAAAAACCUACAGUUGGGGGGAGUAAUGAUAGCGGAUUACCUCCAGCAUCGUUUGAUGCAGAAGGAUUGUUUCCUCUUGAAGAUAUGGAAAACCUUAAGAUAGAUUGUGCUUCUGAUGAUGAUCUUUCUGAAUCUGAAGGAGAAUCUGGAAGCCACGAUGAAGGUAUUUACAUUCCGCAUCACAAAAAAUUAGACAUGGCUAUAUCUUUACCAGUAGAUGUACCCAGAUUUAUGGUCCACAGUGGAAGUGUUCCAAAUGAUAUUAAUCCUCGUAUUCCAGUUGGACGUGAUACUGAAAAUAAAAUGGAUAUUGCUGCAAGCAUUAAAGCAUUAGCAAAAAGUGUUCAUGGUGAUAGAAUUUUUGGAGAUCUACCUAGGCCACGCUUGGGAUCUCAAAUUUGAAAUAAAAUUGAUUAUUUUUUUUGUUAAAUUAUAUUAUCAUUCAGUAAUAUAAAUUUUAGAAUCUGUAAAACAUAUUUUCCAAAAAUUGGUCUACUAUAGAUCCUAUUUAAACAGGCAAUGAAGCGUUGAUUUUCAAAAGUAUAAUUGAUUACUUUUAAUUUACAUGCUUACAACUAUUUUGGAAAUAUUUUUAAUUAUUUAAGUGUGAUAAAUCUAAAAGUACAAG